AUGGCGAUCCACGCGGCCUACAUCUUCAUCGCCGCCACGCUCAUCGCGCUCUACGUCGCUCGCCGCAUGAGAGAGCAGCAUGCUCGCCAAAAACUCGCUCGUGACCAGGGCUGCGAGCCGCUCACCACGGCCAUCAACAAAUUACCCUAUGGACUAGAUCGCAAGUGGCAGAUUGUGACGCACCGGGGCAACAUCCUCGACGACCUCAUCACCACCCGCUUCGCCGAACUCGGUUGCUACAUCUACACCGACAACCAAUGGGGCAGUCCGCCCAUCAUCUGCGCCGAGCCGGCCACCAUGAAGGCCGUCCUCAGCACCAAAUUCCGCGACUGGGACAUGGACAGCAACCGCUACCCGGCACUUGGUCCCUGGCUCGGCCGCGGCGUCCUCGUCAGCAGUCACCAGGGAAAGGGCAGCCUGUGGGCGACGGCGAGAGCGCUGCUCCGGCCCAUGUUUGCCAACACGGCCACGUACAAUCACGCUCUCAUUGAGCCGAGCGUGCAGGAAUUCCUGUCCAUCCUGGGUCACCUCAACCAAGCGGGCGCACCCGACAAGGACCUGCUGCCCUUCAUCCGCCGCCUGAACGUGGACAUCAUUACCACGGUCUUUUGCGGUGGCAGCAUCAAUGAGCAACAGUCUGGUCUUGCCAUUGCCGUCGGCGCGGAUGCAAAGCACAGAAAGCCCGUCCUCGAGGAAGCGUUUGACACCAUCGAGCCCAUCGCCGGCCUCCGGCUGCAAACAGGCAGCAUGUACUGGCUCUUUACCUCGAAGCCGUUCCGCGAUGGCUGUGAAACGUUUACGGGGCUAGCCGAUGGAUGGAUCAACCGGGCCCUGUCCAAGAGAGACGAAAAGCCCGACCUGUCCCAAGACGAGGGCGCCGCGGCCAGAGAAAAGAACUUUACGGAAGAACUCGUGUCCAGCACAGACGACCGCGAGCUGCUGCGCGACAUUCUCGUGCAGCUGCUCUUCGCCGGCAUCGAUACCUCGACGAGCAUGCUGUCCUUUGCGCUCGUGGAGCUCGGCCGCCAUCCGAGCGCGUGGGCACGAUUGCGGGCCGAGCUGGCGGCGCACAACAUGCUGAGCGGCGGCCCCGAGACCAUCACCGCGGCGCAGCUCAAAGAGUGCGCGUUCCUGCAAAACAUCAUCAAGGAGACGCUGCGACUGUACCCGCCCGUGCCCAUCAACUCGCGCGAGGCUAUCCGCGACACGGUGUUACCCUCGGGCGGCGGCGCUGACGGCAGCAAGCCCGUGUUCGUGCCCAAGGGGACGUCGCUCAAGUACAGCCCAUACGUGAUGCAUCGACGUGAGGACCUCUACGGGCCGGAUGCGCUGCUCUGGAAUCCCGAUCGGUGGAUUGGCCGCGCGCCCGGCUGGGACUAUCUCCCGUUCAACGGCGGGCCGCGUGUCUGCAUUGGCCAAAAAUUCGCUCUCAGCUCGAGCGCAUACGUGCUGGCACGGCUUGCGCAACAAUUCGACACGUGUACGGCCCUGCCCACUACAGGGCCUAUCGACUCCAAGCUCGGCGCGGUGCUUGUUCCCAAAGCUGGCGUGCCGGUUUCUCUAACAAAUUCCACAACUUAG